AUGGACCAAGGUUUGCUUCCUACUACCACCGGAGCGGAUCCAAACUCAAACCGUCUAUCUACUCUCUCAACCAUGUCCAUGUCUUCAGUUGCAGACGACUCUUCAAUAGAUCGCAAAUAUAUUCUUGUAAUCGGUCCUCCAAAGAGCGGGAAGAUUGAAUUCCUUAAAGCUUUUUCAGGGUCUUUGCCUGCGGAUUUCCCACCAGAGGACCAAAAUGUUAAUAUUGACCAAGAAGUACACUCUCCACCUCAGACUGCAUCUCUCAAAGAAAAAAGAAUCUUUCUUCAGCAAGAGUUUUUAAAUCGUAGACCUUCUCAUGCUGGCAUUUGCCACUCUACAACUCUUGUCAACAAGUAUUUUACUGCAGCUCUACCUACUUGGAUUGACGAGUUUUCUUACUUUGAUGGAACCUCAUCCCCUCCAGAUGCUCCUUCAAGAACAUCUUCUUCAGAUCCAGAUUCAAUGGAUACUGGCUCAACUACCAACAUUGCAGCAGAUAAUGCAAACACCGUCGAAGACAUUACCUACUGGACAAAUGCAUACACCUCAGAUGACCCAGAUGUACGUUCAGUCCGGGAUAGUCUUCUUGCAGUUAUUUACACUUUUAGUCCAUUCACUCCAUUCCCAUAUCACACUCACCGUGACAUGUACAACAAUAUUGAAAGCCCCAUUAUGGCAGCCAGUACUGCUGCUGCUCAAGCCCAAGCUGAAGCCGAGGUCCAGGCCCGCAUUGCUCGUCAACAGGAAGAUAAGGAACACUUGGAUACAAUAUCACAACAAAUUACCCAAAUCUUAAAGCUUCUCGAUAAACUAGAGGUUGAGGGUUGGGACGGGAUUUUCCUGGCUGUGUGUCGCAACGUCAAACAUACAAUUGAGACUGGAGAGCAGCUCCCCCACUACAGUAAACGUAAUAUGGCUGAAGCCAUCCAAAAGGCCAAAGAAGUUACAGAAUUUGUUCGUGAGCAGGUUCUUGGAGAUACUUUAUAUGAAACAGUGGAUCUCAAUGAAGGAGAGGAAGGAGUAGCACGUUUGUCCAAUGGUACAACCAAUCGUAGCAUCAAUGACCAUGGUGCAAGAGAGCCACUAGGAAUGGCUCGAGUCAAGGAUGUACUAGGAACACAUGUUGCACUUUCCGGAUGGAGUGGAGAACCCACAGAUCCCAAUGCCAUAAUUGGGAAUACCGGCUUUGGAACUAUUUACGGAGCCCCACCAUCAGACUCUGCCAUGGACUUUGACCAGCCCGAGCCACCGACUCCUGUAGUCGGGUCGCACGGGGAAGCAACAUCUGCUAAUCCAAUUUCUGGAGCCGCUGCUAAUGUUCCUCCGCCUUUGCCGUUGGACCGCAAUACCCGGGGUAUAAAUAGCAGUAGUGGGGAGAGUACAAGUAGUGGUGAUACCAGUGCCAUGGUGACACCUACAUCUGGGACUAUUCCCAUACACCCUGCAGAUUUAUUUUCAGCACCAGGUCCAUCUUCGUCAGCCGCUGGACCCAGUAGUGCUGGUGCUUCUGAAGGCCAAGACUCGUAUAACGAUUUGUCUUCAGAAAUUGAUAAAAUGUAUCGUGAAGCUGUUAAUCGCACAGGCUUGCGAAUGCCUCUUGCCGAAAAUCAGGAUUGGGGUGCCGCAAUUGGUGCAACUCGACGUGUGGAAGAUCAACAGCGCGCACGAUUUUCUGGUGUCGAAGGCUCCGAGGCCGAUGUUAGAAAGACUGAGGAGCUUGCUGAGCAAGUACGAAGUUUUAGAGAAAACUUUAAAAACAUGACACAGGAAGAAGCUCAAGAGGCUCUUGAUAGACUCUCUGUGGAAUUGUCAAGAAUUCUUUAA